AUGGCCGCAGCUACCGAGCUCCCCGCGACCUCUCUCCGCAUACAUAGGCACCGCAGCCUCGUCCUCGACCUCUCCACCGAGCCAUGGGACGACGGACACGCCACAACAUCGUCCCCGUUGUCUUCAUCGCCGCCUCUGCCCGGUGACCGCCGUCGCUCGAUUCGUGCCGUCCAGUGCUUCCCCGGCCUCGCCCUCGACUCCGUUCGAACCCUGGUGCUGCGUGGCACCUCUUUCAGCUGGCCCUCGAGCCACAGCCCCGCGCCCAAGGACCGCCGUGCUCCGGCCGCCGCCCAAAUGCUCGUCGGCGUCGCUUCCAGCAUCCCCACGAACAGCCACUCACACCGUUGGAUGCGGCGCAUCCCCAAGGUCCCUCCGGGCGGGACCAUCUUCGCGAUCACCGCCGCAGCAUCGCGCCGUCUCUCAAGUAGCGCUCGGGGGCUCGACUUCGACCCGCCCCCGGAGCGGCCACGCGCGCCCAGUCGCAGCGCUGCUCCGCCCUCGAGCUGCUUCCGCCCCUCUCCACAUCCAGUGGGUGGGCCGGCCUCCCCCAGCCGCUCCUCCUCCACCCGCGGCCGCAUACCCGCGCUGGCCUGGUCGUCCGCAUCAACGACCCCGCGUGCCUGCUGCUACGGCCCGCUCUGUCAAACGCCCCGGUGCGCCAGGCCUACCGUGCUACGCCAGCGUCGCCGCCCCUCACCGGCUCCCGCGCUCCUGCCGGCUCGCCGCCCCGCGCUGGCCGGCUUAAGCGCACCCCGACCCUCUGCCUCGCGUCGCCCCGGCCAUCGGCUCCUCCCCCAACCCGGCUGCACCGGCUCCGGCCGGCUUCGGUACCGCCUGCUCGCAGCGUCCGGCUGCGCCCCUCUCCGGCUUCCUCCGCAGGCCCGGCCCACGACGACUCCGGGUCGCCUGCGCCGCCUGCUGGCUCGCGCCCCCGUCGUCGUCUGCCCCUGCGACGCCACCUGCGGUGUCUCGUCCGCCGGCGACUCCCGCGCUGGCCGGCCUCUCGCGCCGCCUACCGGACUCGCCCCGCUCGGCCGACUUCCGCGCUGGCCGGCUCCCCUGCCGCCCUGUGCCCGUCCGCGCCCGGACUACGCGCGCGCCUGCUCCACCUCGAGCCCGGCUGUGUCCGGCUCCCUGGUGCUGCCCCGCGCCCGGCCGGGUCCGGCGAGCGUCGCGCUCAGCCACCCAUCCCCGCACCAGCCGGCUCCGGGUCCCCGCCGGGUCGCCCCCACCUUCGGCCGGGUGCCCCGCACCCGCCGGCUCCGGGUCCUCGCCGAGUCGCCUCCUGCGCGCUCUCACGUUGGCUCCCGCCCCGUGCGCCUCGCACCGCCGCCUCCCGCCGGCCGCGCGGCCCCGGGCCGGCUCCGCCCCGCACGCGCGUGGUGCCUCCCGCUCCGCCGACCGCCGGCUCCGCCCCCGCCCGUGGCCGGGUCGCGCGUGCCGGCUCCGCCUGCCAACCCGGUGACCCGGCGCUUGGCCGGCUCCGCCUGCCAACCCGGCGACCCGGCGCUCGGCCAGCUCCGCCUCGUCUACCGCCUACCACCCGCCGCUGCUCCGCCUGUGAGCCCCGCCUCCGGCCGGCUCCCCGUCGCCGCACCAGGUCCUCCAUGCCGCCUCACCACGCCGGCUCCGGCCCCGAGUGUCGCGCAUCCCGUUGCCGGCUUUGCGCCCGGCCGCGCCCGCGUUGUGCCGGCCCCGGGUGGCUUGCCCCUCAGUCCGGCUGCCCCAGCGCCGGCUCCGGCGGCCCCGCUCGCGGCCGCCUGCUGCUGCGUCCCCUUGCUCUCUCCUGCAGGCGGCAGGCCGGCUGGUCAAAGAAAACUGGCCGGCUAG